GUACUUAACGUGAAAUAGAUUCGCAAACAUACUUUGCAAAAAUUACCCUUAUUGCGAACCGAAGAACGAUUUUACAGAAAAUCACAUUGCAAAUGCAAUAAAGGUCAAUUUGAAAGACAAAUACUGGUUAUAGGCUACCUUACCUAAUAGUCUACUGAACCAUAAAUGACUUAGUAUAAUAUCUAGUAUUUCUUCAGUUGUGCCACCAUUUCAGAGCGGCUAUGAAGAAGAUGAUAAUUCUUUUUAUUGCAUUCUUCUUUUCAUCAAUAAAUGGAAAGACAGAACAAGCCAAUAUGAUUGUUGACAUCAUCCAAGCUGCUAAUAGACCGUCUUCUGUCAUUAGCAAACUUUGUUGGACACCUACCAAAAUAAUUCAUUUGUCCUCGGCACUCGUGAAAGAAAAUAUUCAAUUCAGUGCUAAUGCCGAUUUGACAAACGAUUACAUGCAAUUUUACGAUGAGGAACAGCAAAUCGUAUUUCUGGCUGAUCUUAAUUGUCCCGAUAUUGAAGAUUAUUUUCAAAUGAUUAGUACGAGAACUUUUUUCCGUGCACCAUUCCGCUGGAUUCUAUUUGGAGACUCUGGGUCUGUCAACGAGGAUAAUAUAGUGCCAGAAGCCAUAGCUAACGCAGAUGUGCUGAUUGACUCCGAAGUUUUGGUAGUACGAAGAAUUGACGAUGCAUAUGAAAUGCACUUCAUUUACAAUCUUAUUCCAGUUUACAGAAUAAGCCCAAACAAUACUUGGAACACAGAAUACUAUGGAACUUGGGAUAGCGAAAAUCGAUUCCAAAAAUCGAAUCGAUUCGUCGAGCCCACAUCUCUAAGACGUCUUGAUAUAAAUGAAUAUGAAAUUAGCAUUUGCUAUGUGCUAACAAACAACAAUAGCAUCAACCAUUUAUCUGACGGACUAGACGAUCACGUUGAUACGAUUACAAAGGUGAAUUUCCCCACGACCAACCAUUUGUUGGACUUCCUUAAUGCUGGAAGGAAAUAUAUCUUUGCUGAAACAUGGGGCUACAAGGUCAAUGGCACCUGGAACGGUAUGACUGGUUACUUGGUAAGGGGCGAAGUUGAAAUUGGGGGGUCUCCAAUGUUCUUCACGUUUGAAAGAGUAUCGAUAGUCGACUACAUUUCGAGUCCAACACCAACUCGAUCUAAAUUCGUGUUUCAACAACCGAAACUAUCAUAUGAGAACAAUUUGUUCCUAUUACCGUUUAAUACAACUGUAUGGUAUUGUACUGUAGGUUUGGUCUUCGUAAUAUACCUUGUACUCCUUCUGGUGACGAAGUGGGAAUGGAAGAAGACAAAACAUACUAUUGAAACGCGGGAAAAAGACGCUGGUGUCCUAAGAGCUAACGUUGUUGAUGUUAUCAUUUUGAUAUUCGGAGCAGCUUGUCAACAAGGAAGUCCUUCGGAACUGAAGGGAUCACUAGGUCGUAUUGUAAUGCUGGUACUGUUCCUUGCUCUGAUGUUCCUCUACACCUCCUACUCAGCCAACAUCGUUGCUCUUCUCCAAUCUAGUUCUUCUCACAUCAAAACACUUGACGAUUUACUCCACUCCAGAAUAAAAUUUGGCGUCCAUGAUACGGUCUUCAAUAGAUAUUAUUUCUCGGGGCUAUUCGCAUUCCACAUGGAAACAGGCGUUGGUUACAAGUUUGUAGGAAAAUAUUUCAAUGAAGGUGAAAAGUGUGGUCUUCGUGAGAUCCAGUAUUUGCAAGUUAUAGAUCCCUGGCUAGCUGUUCGAAAAGAAACUCCAUUCAGAGAGAUGUUCAAAAUUGGAACGAAAAGAAUUCAAGAACAUGGGUUACAGUAUAGAGAAAACCGUCUAAUGUACGAGAAACGUCCAAAAUGUUCAGGCGGAGGAUCAAACUUCGUAUCCGUCAGCAUGGUCGACUCACCUGUAGAAGCGAAAUUGGCAAAAAUGCUAGCAAACCUAGGUAGACCGAUGAACAUUCGAUAUUUACGGCAGAAUGAAACCAUUGAUAAUGAUAAUUAUCCUAAUAAUCAUCUAUUAUUCAUAUUGAACAGAACUUGUGAUGAUGCGAAUGCUUUUCUCAGAUGGAUGGUGAUUCUUGGAAAAUCAUUAAUAAUAAAAGAUGAAACCUUUAAUGUUUCUCCUGAAUUUGACGAUAUUAGGAUUUCAGUAGAUUCAGAAGUCAUAAUUAUUGGAAAAAUGAAUAAUUCUGAAGAAGUGUCAUUACACACGUUUUACAAGCUAAAACCCCAUACAAAAUGGAUUAUAGAAGACUACGGGACUUGGUCACUCGAUACUGGGUUUACCAAAUCUACGACUAGAAUUGAGUCAAACGUGAUAAGACGAAAGGAUUUAUGGGAGAAUGUUUAAUUACUCCGUUGCUAUUUCUGACAAUCGAACUAAAACUGAUCUACUUGGACUUGGGUAGCAACAUCUUUAUUGACACCCCUGCCAAAAGCAGCUUUCGUACGAUUGUUCCCUUAUUUGACUUUCUCAAUGCUACUAAAAUUGUGAAAUUCUCUGAUACUUGGGGCUACUUCAUAAAUGGAUCUUGGAAUGGAAUGAUUGGUGACAUUUAUCGGGAAGAAGCAGACUUGUGUGGAAUUGUAACGUUCAUAACGAAAGAACGUAUGACAAUUUUGGAAUAUUUGACCCAUCCUACACCCAUCACACUGAAGUUUGUCUUCAGACAACCGCCCUUGUCGUACCAGAACAAUUUGUUCCUUCUGCCAUUUUCCACUGGUGUCUGGCUGUGUACUGGUGCAUUCAUUGUUAUAUUAAUUGUCAUAUUAGUGCAUACACAGCUGACGAUCCAAUAAAGAAAGCGCUAGUUGAUACUAAGAUUGCACCAAAGGGUGUACUAACAAAUGUUAUGAACAUUGAACAGGGAGUCAGGAUCAUGCAAAAGAAACCAUUUGCCUUUAAUAUGAACACAGGCACUGGGUACAGAAUUGUUUCAGCAAUUUUCCAAGAACAUGAAAAGUGUGGGCUUCAAGAAAUUGAAUACAUUCCAAAUAGCAACCCUUGGUUAUGUAGUCGAAGAUUGUCUCCCUAUGGAGAAUUGUUUAAAGUUGGGUAUAUCAGGAUCCAAGAACACGGUUUGAGUGACAGGGAAAACCGAUUAAUUUACGCCAAGAAACCAGCUUGCACCGUCAUGGGUGGCAGUUUCGGUUCCGUCAAUAUGGUUGAUUUUCAUCCUGUCUGCUUGGUGUUGCUCUACGGAAUGAUUCUAGCGUUCCUCCUCCUUGGCGUCGAAAUUUUAGUUCACCGAAAACAGAUGAAAAUGCGCAAUCAAGCUAGAGUUGAAUAAAAUGUUCAAUUGUGUUUAAAAAUAGCGUCUUGUGAGAUUAGGUUUUGGUUUUGUAUUGCUUAUAAAAUGUGCAGCAACGAUGCUUUUAUCGCCAAGAUCCUCCUUAUUUUUUUACUGUCAAUAGAAAACUGUUGAUGGCAAGUCCACCGCUAACGUCAGUCACCGGUGACCCCAUGGCGUUUAACGUGUUAAUAGAUGAUUUUCACUAAAACUUAAUAUUUGUUUGCAGCUUUUCCGUAGGCACCUCUCUAUAUUUAAGCUAUAAAGGCCUAUUAUAAAGUUUAAACCAUAAAAGUAUUAAUACAGUUUGGUCAUAACUCUUUAUACCUAGUUAUAAUUAGUCAUUUAUGCUUAUUGUAAGUAAACCAUGUUCUUUAUGAGUGAAUAAACAAGCAUUAAACUUAAAGUGAAGUUUAUUUCUUCAUACAUAAUCAAAGUACCUACCUAUACUUCCAUCCAACCUACUUAUACAUAUCUAUGGAAUGAAACAUGUCCAAAGGCAGCCAGGCAGUCUGUCGCACCUACAUUACUGCGCCGUUAUCGGCUUUAAAACCGGUAAUUACAUGGGAAUCGAUUAUUGCGAGUCUGCAACGCGACUGGAUCUCGCCAGCUGGAUUGAUGCACGACCAGUGAAAUAGCAAUUAAGAUAAACACCGGCCACUGGCUCGCCAUCUGCGUC